CAAAGUGUCAAUUUAAUACCAGUUGCAGUAGCGCCAGUGUGGGUGAUUCAAUCUUCUUCCCUUAACCUUCGGAUUUUGGAUGUCUCUCAAUAAAGGCAUAGAAUUGGUCACUCGUGCCACAGCCGAGGAUAAGGCGAAGAAUUAUGAAGAGGCAUUACGAUUAUAUGAGCAUGCAAUCGAGUACUUCAUACACGCAAUAAAAUAUGAGGCUCCAAGUGACAGAGCAAAAGAGUCUAUUCAGACCAGCUGCUCUCGUUAUCUGGAUAGGGCCGAACAGAUCAAAAAGUAUAUGGCCUCGAAAGCUCGGGAAAAAUCCGAGGCUAAUUCCGGUGGUACGAAGGAAAAGAAGCGUGACGAUUCCGACAAAGAAGAUGGUGAAAGUUCUCGUCUCCAGACUCAGUUACAAGGAGCGAUAGUGACUGAGAAGCCCAAUAUCAGCUGGGAUGACGUUAUUGGCUUGCAGUCAGCAAAGGAAGCUCUUAAAGAGGCAGUAAUUUUGCCCACCAAAUUUCCUCAUUUAUUCACUGGAAAGCGUACUCCUUGGAGAGGCAUUCUUUUGUAUGGCCCUCCUGGAACUGGCAAAUCAUUUCUGGCCAAAGCUGUCGCAACAGAAGCAAACAAUUCAACUUUCCUAUCUGUUUCGAGUUCAGACGUGGUUAGCAAGUGGCUUGGUGAAUCUGAAAGAUUGGUGAAAUCACUAUUUACCAUAGCCAGAGAGCAAAAACCAAGCAUUAUAUUCAUCGAUGAGGUUGACUCGCUUUGUGGGUCACGAAAUGAUAAUGAAUCGGAGUCUACACGACGAAUUAAAACCGAGUUUUUAAUUCAGAUGCAGGGUGUUAGCUCAAAUAACGAGAAUGUCCUUGUAUUGGCAGCUACAAAUACUCCUUGGACUUUAGAUUCUGCCAUACGCCGUCGUUUUGAAAAACGUAUCUAUAUUCCUCUUCCUGAAACUCCUGAACGUAUAACUAUGUUCAAGUCAAAUUUGGGAACCACUUCGCACUCUUUAUCAGAAAAAGAUUUUAUUGAAUUGGGUGCAAGAAGUGCAGGUUAUUCUGGUGCAGAUAUAUCCGUUGUCGUCCGUGAGGCUUUAAUGAUGCCUGUAAGAAAGGUUCAUACCUCAACACACUUUAAACGAGUGUGUGGUCCUAGUCCUACUAAUCCAUCGAAAGUUGUUGGUGAUCUUCUAAUGCCAUGCUCUCCUGGGGAUACUGGUGCUAUUGAAAUGGAUUGGGGGAAAGUCCCAAGCGAUAAACUCAAAGAGCCUCCAGUUGCUAUGCAUGAUAUGUUGUCUUCAUUAGAACGGAACAAGCCAACUGUAAAUGCUGAAGACUUGGCUAAACAUCGUAAAUUUACAGAUGAUUUCGGUCAAGAGGGAUCCUGACUCUUUUAUUGCUGUCUAUUAUUAAGUUAUAAUUUUCUUUUCUUCUUAUUUUGGUUUACACCAAAACCAAAAACACCAGUCCUUUUGCUCUUUUAUUUUACUGAAAGAUUUUGCAUUAGUUAACAAAAUUAGUCUUUGUUGGUUUUAAACUGAAAAAGAAUCUUGGCAGUAUAUAUAUUUACAUAAACCUCAUUUAUGAUAUCUUGGUAUUGUAUUGGGUGAUAAUUUUCUCCAAAUUUCUUUCUUUUUUGUUUAUAAUUGACAAUGAUUCCAACUCUCUGUACAUCAUUUCUGAAACAUUAACUUACUCGUAUGUAUUCAUACAUUAUAUCGACUAAUUGCCAAGUUCUAAUUGGGCUAACUGUCGGUAUAUUACAUUUGUCAUGUUAAUUUAUAUGUUUAAAAUAUGUGGUAUAUUUUUUAAAUGUCUAUUUUUAUAGUUUAGUUUACACGCUAGUUACAAAUUGAUUGUCUGGUUGCUUUCAUCAUUGGAUUUCAGUUUCGUGAUGAUGAUUGUAGUAUGCCUCAAUUAGUGGGCCUACGUACUUUAAAAAAUGUGUGUCUGUGCUUAUUGUAGUACUUGUAACAAGAAUGUGCUUACAUGUUUCGCUUGUUUGUUUUCAAAAAUUAUAUAUAUGCAUGCAAUGCAUGGCGUUGCUUAUUUGUUUUAUCGUUGUAAAACGUAUUGCAGACGUUGUGUGUUUUUCAGAAAAUCAUCUGUUAAGAUUUCUGUCCCUCUUUCAUAUACAGGUGUCAUUUGUUACGAAUUUAAUUUUGCGAUAAUAAAUUAUAUAAAUGCUUCGAUAUUGAUACUAGAGCAUAAUGUUGAAUUAAACAUCGUUUUAAACUUGAAUAAAGGAAAUCAAGAGUGAACUUUUCGCAGUUAGCUUUAACAUUCUGUACGUGCAAUUUACUCUGACCACAUUUACUUCAGUGUUUGUCUUCACCGUCAUGCUUACUUACGAUCUAUUCCUUAGGAGUUUAUCUUCUAUGGUGUGUUAAAAGCAUAGGUACAAUGGCUGGUUAGACCGUUACUAAGU